AUGGACAGUAACCAUCAGUACGCUAACAGACAGUAUUGGGAUGAACGGUUUGCUGAAGAGAAGCAGUUUGAAUGGCUGGCGGAUUUUGAUGCCUUUAAACACCUGAUAAUACCGAAGCUAUCUCCGGACUCUAGAAUAUUGCACAUUGGAUGUGGUACAAGUCAGAUGUCAAUGCAGCUAUACAAAAUGGGCUUCACUAAUAUUACAAAUGUGGAUUUUUCUCAGGUGUUGGUCGAUGCUGGUCGUAUUGCUCAUCCAGAAAUGGAAUGGAUAUGUGAUGACAUUCAAUCGUUAGAAAAAAUUCCGUCAGCCUCCUUUGACGUCGUAUUGGAAAAAGCUACUUUGGAAGCAUUGCUUGUUAAGGAAAAGAGCACAUGGAGUCCUUCUGACGCCGCUUUGAAGACUAUCGAUAAUGUGUUAAGAUCUGUGGCCUCGAGUACUAACAAGCAGAGGUACUGGAUUUAUUUUCUUUUUUCCUUGAAC